GUAUUUGAAAUCUGAUAACAGAAUUUCAAGUGGCUGAUAUAGUAGAUCUUAUGAUACGUACUAUCAAUAUAAUCAACAUUUUACGUGUUCUCUUGGGCGUGUGCUAUUAUAGAUUUAAAAGACAUCUACUGUGGAAGUUUAGUCGGCAUAACCUCUUAUGAAAUAGCUAUUCCUUUGUUAACAAGCGGUAAAGUGGUGUGACUGUUCAUUAUGGCAAGUUUAGACGAUGCGUGUGUUUCAAGUGACGAUGUCGGUUCAUCAAUAAAUGAGGAAGAAGGGUUUACAAAGCAUAUCAGGGAAUAUGACAAUUUCCGAUCGUUCAUAAAUGAAGAAGAACUGAAUUCAGAAAUGGGGAAUACUACUCUACAUGGAUUGAGUAGUUACAUUGCUAAGAAUUUUGAGUCUUGGAAAGACAAGAAACUGAUUGUCGGUGUAACAGGUAAAACUGGUGCUGGAAAAUCAAGUCUUAUAAAUGCUCUGAGAGGACUGAAACCCAGAGACAAAGGGGCGGCUGCAGUGGGUGUCUCAGAAACAACGAAAACAAUACAGUCUUAUCCAUAUCCAGGACAUGACCAUGUUAUACUGAAAGACUAUCCUGGAAUUGGAACUCAAGACUUUUCAAAAGAUGACUACAUGGAGAAAACCAAACUGCUCGAUUCCAGCGUAAUUGUUAUUGUGUCCAGUGAGCGCUUUACCGAAAAUGAUUUGUGGAUAGCAAAGAAAGCUAUGGAAGUCCAUCGAAAUGUUCUUUUCGUCCGGACAAAAAUUGAUACUGAUCUACGUAACUCCAGAGAAGACGAUCCAGAUAAUUUCAGUGAGUAUACAUGCAUGAAAAUUAUCAGAACUGGCAUAGAGAGCAAUAUAGACAAGGGUAAGUUAGAUCUGCAAAAUUAUCGUGAUGUUAUUUACCUAAUAACUUCACGGGACAAAACAAAAUACGACUUUGUUUCUCUGGUGGAUAAGCUUAAAAGUCUAUUAAGCAUGAAAGUGAAGGCUCUAUGCUAUCUUUUGUAUGUGCACAUGGAAAAAACAAUCAAAUCAAAAACAGAAACUGUUGAGAAAGAAUUCAUCGGUAGAAAGGUCGCGUCUGUAGUCACUGGAUUUUUACCAAUCCCAAAACUCGAGUCAACGCUGGACACGUACCAUGUGACUAAAAUAUUUGAAACAUGUCGAGAGAGAUAUUGUAUCGACAAAGCCUCGUUAAAACAGUUUGCAGAAGAAGUUGAUAUGUCUGAGAAAGAUAUUGAAAACCAGCUGAAGUCGUAUAGUAAAGAAAUCAGUGAUGCAAAACAGCUGUAUUCAGAAACGGAGGAAAUGAAAUGGUCGUUCUUUGAAAAAUAUUCGAAGUAUACGUUUCCGGGCCUUGGUAUGCUUUACUCUGCACACAAGUCCCCUCGUACAAUGCAAGAGUGUUUGGAAAAGAUCUGUAAGGUUAUGGCAGAGGAUGAAUUGGUUCUAAUAAAACUAAGAUUAAGAAAACUUGAACGAGAUCUGAUGACGAACUAACACGAAUCAGUUCUUUUUUUGCGCGGGAAUCUGGAAUUUCCGUUUGUUUUCAUCGGCGCAAAACAUUCUCAUGACGUCGAACGAACUACAUUUGUGUAAUAGACUAAUGCAUUGAUAUUUAUUUUUUACACAAAAUACGGAUGAAAACUUCAAAUUCCUUUUAAUUCCUUUUUAUUCGUUAUAGUUUAUUAUUGAAAAUGCAUAAAGUUAGAUGACAAAACUAAAUCGGAACAUUGCGUUGCUGUUCUUUAAAAAGUAUUUCCUUUUUCCAGAGGUUAUUUUUCAUGAACACGUUACUAUACGAAAACAGUGCUAUAAAGAAAAUCAUGUUUAGUUUCUUUUUCAUUUUUAUAAUUAUUAGUUAAAUUUCAUCUGUACCUACAACCGGUGAAAGAUUCUUUUAAUAUUCAGCUAUACAACAGGUAUAUGUAUGAAUGCAUGAAUGUGUGUAUGUAUACAAAUAAAACUUAUUGGUUUUUAAUUUUUAGCACUGAUGCCAAAUUAACAAAAUAGACAAUAUAAAGUGAAAAAGACGAAAUUUAUUACAGGCAAAAUUUUGCUUCUAUAAUACUUGUAGUAACAUUUGUAUCUCUACUUUAAUUACCAUGAAGUUGAAAUAUACGGAACUUGUGUUACAAGACUUAGCAUUGAUCCAGCCAAGAAUGACUUUGAAACGAACGAAGAAACGAUUUUUAAAGUUAUAUACAUAGACUUGGUUACUUUUGCAAAUUAAUUCACGAUUUCGGCCGUUGGUAUGUUUUACUUUGCGUAAUAAGAUAAUCAGAUGAUGCUGUUUGAAUACGAGGAAUUUAAAUUACA